UUAAUGGACCCACUAAUGGGUCUCAUUGCAUCAUCUUUGCAUUUAUUUAUAGAUUUCCAUAUCCAUGUUCUUCUUUCUACUAUGAAAAUGGGAUUUUUAUUCCAAGUUUUUACUCUCAUCCUUUUGAUGCCUUUAGCAAUUGCAGCCUCCUAUUGGCCACCAUCCCCUGGCUACUUUCCCAGUCAUAAAUUCAAGACUAUGAACUUCCAUCAGGCCUUUACCAAUCUCUGGGGUCCUGCCCACCAGAAACUUGACAGUAAUAAUAAUGCCAUUACUAUCUGGCUUGAUUCUUCCUCAGGAAGUGGGUUCAAGUCGGUUCGACCAUUUCGAUCUGGGUAUUUUGGAACCUCGAUCAAGCUUCAAACCGGUUACACUGCCGGAGUGAUUACAGCAUUUUAUCUUUCGAACAAUGAAGCUCAUCCAGGGUUGCAUGAUGAGGUUGACAUAGAGUUCUUGGGAACCACUUUUGGAAAGCCAUACACUCUUCAAACAAACGUGUAUAUAAGAGGAAGUGGUGAUGGAAAGAUCAUUGGAAGAGAAAUGAAAUUUCAUUUAUGGUUUGAUCCAACUCUGAAUUUUCAUCAUUAUGCAAUUCUAUGGAAUCCCAGAGAAAUCAUAUUCUUGGUGGAUGACGUGGCAAUAAGAAGGUAUCCAAGAAAGAGUGCAGAAACAUUUCCUUUAAGGCCAAUGUGGGUGUAUGGAUCCAUAUGGGAUGCUUCUUCAUGGGCCACUGAAAAUGGAAAAUAUAAAGCUGAUUAUAAGUAUCAGCCAUUUGUUGCUAUGUAUACUAACUUUAAGUCCGGUGGCUGCUCCGCUUAUGCUUCGAGGAAGUGCCGCCCUGUCUCAGCCUCUCCUUACCGGUGGGGUUUGACUAGAAAGCAGAAUUCUGUUAUGCAGUGGGUUCAAAGUCGUUACAAGGUUUACGAUUAUUGUAGAGACGAUAAGAGGGACCAUUCUCUCACACCAGAGUGUUGGGGCUAACCUAAAAUCUAUAUAUAGCUUAUAAUAACCUUUUGUUUUACUAUGGGGAUGGACUAAUUAUGCAUAUGAUGUAUCAGCAAGCAAUUAUACAUAUUUACUGUUCUUAACUUCUUGUUGGAAACUGGGUAUCUAAGAUUCCAUAUAAUAAGAAGAAAUCAAAGGAGGAAAUUGCUCAUAAA